AUGGAAACCACACUCAUGGAAACACCACAGCACCCAGUGCGCGAUCGAGGAUCGGAAAGCGAUACCUCCGUCGAUGAGAUUGCGCAAGUGAAGCAGCAGAAUGCGCUGGCCUCACUAGGAAAACACGGCAAUUACCUCGACACGGCAUCCCCGAAGCGAUGGAAGACAUUCUGGUCGGCAUUCCGACACCUGGCGCAUCUCACCCCGAAAGAAGUGGACGAUUUCAUGGCCUCAUACGUCAUCUACAACCUCGACUGGUCAGAUGAAAAGCAAAUGACCGAAGCGCUGGGCCCGAACUACCAAGAAAAAGUCGGCGAUUGUCUAAAAUCAUACUACGGCGUCCUCAACCACCUCUGUGCCCUCGGCGACGUCGAGAAGAUGUACAUACCACCCUGGAUGAGCCGCAAAGCAAACUGCCUCGAGAACCAGAUCCUCUACGAGCGCUCCAUCGCACAGGAUAUCGGCCUCAAGGCCGGCGACAAGGUCUUGGAUCUGGGAUGUGGCCGUGGCCGCGUCGCCGCGCAUAUGGCGCAACAUACCGGCGCGCAUGUCACUGGACUUAACAUCGACCCGAACCAGGUCGAGCAGGCGACAAGCUAUAACAAACAGCUCGAAAAUAGCAACAACUUCGUCGUGCAGGAUUUCAAUGACUUGCCUCUGCCUUUCGCCAACGACAGCUUCGAUGCCUUCUACCAGAUCCAAGCGUUGAGUCUAUGCAAAGAUCUGACCGGGCUCUUCCGCGAGAUCUUCCGUGUCGUCAAACCAGGCUCGAAAAUCUCUCUGCUGGACUGGAUUAGUCUGCCGGAUUAUGAUGCCACGAACCCCGAACACGCCGAGCUGAUGCGUCGCGUUAAGCCGCUCAUCGGGGCGGUUGGUACACCCACGCAGGAGAGUCUAGAAAUUGCAUUGAAGGAAGCCGGCUUUGAGGUUGUGCGGUCGGAGAAUGCUAGCAUUGACGGACUUCAGGCGCCGCUGAUUGAUACCGUUGAUGUGUACUUCCGCACACUGCGCCAGGCUAUUCUGGCGCUUGUUAAGGUUCAUGUCUUGCCGCGCCAUUUCAAGACGCUUAUCAAUCGCCUUUGUCUUGACGGGCAGGCUUUUGUUAAGAUGGAUACCAUGCGGCUGGCUACAACGAGUUAUAGCAUCAUCGCGCAGAAGCCGAAGGCUUAG